CAUGGCACGACCUUUCCUCGCGAGUGCAACAUUAACAUGUAAUUGCCUGACUAUUACUUGUAUGUUUAGGUACCUUUUCUUCUGCUAUAAGAUGUUAAAUACUGGGUCAAUGGCGGAAGUCAGUGUGCAAGAAGUCACAAGUCUGACAGACUGCUACGUACGUAUCUACUUUGCACGGACCCCAAUAUUUAGCGCGAAGUAUGCCACGAGUUAAUAUAGCAAUCACGCCAGUGAUUAGUAGAUUGUGUUCAUAUAUUGCUCUUAUGUCCAAAGUCCGUUUACUCUUGACUUUGCAGUUGGUACCAGCGGCUUCGUUCCUCUUUUGACAGUCCAUCACCAACACCGGUUCCCACGGAAAAGACUAUCAAUCAUGGCGGCCCGCCCCACUCCUUGGCCCGAAUUUCAUUUUACCACGCUUCCAAACAUUCUUCGCUUGCUAGCCUCACAGUACCCAAAUAUCACUUAUGCUGAGUUCCCGCGCAACCCCAACGACAUCUCAGAAGGCUACCGCGAAUUCACAUAUUUGGAUGUUGCAAAUGCCGUCAAUACUUUAGCUUGGUGGAUCGACAAAAAUGUAGGGAGGUUGGAAGAAGGCAACAAGAAUGGAAAAGCAACGUUGGUAUACAUCGGACCAAACGACAUACGAUAUGUGGUACUAUCUCUCGCAAGUAUAGUCACUGGGUACAAAAUGCUCUUCCCGUCGCCGAGAUAUGGUGUCGAAGCUCUAUUGAAGUUAAUUGAAGCUGUGGAUGCGGAAGCUAUGCUAACCCCCGAGACGCCACUACCCAUCGUGACCGAGAUUUUGAAGAAAAUAGAGCUGGAAAGCCAUGAGAUACCAAGUGUUGACCAAUGUUUCGCAAGCAAGGUGGACGAGUAUCCGUUCAUGAAGACGUUUGAGGAGUGCAAAGAUGAGGAGAUGUUAUGUUUGCAUACGUCUGGCACAACCGGGUUUCCCAAACCAAUUCCUUAUACACACGACUGGGUAAGCAGCUUUUCGCGCACCACCCGUUUACGCGCCACUCGUGGUUUCAGACGUUCAGACGAUGAUUUAUAUAAUGCGAGUCGAGGAACCCGAGUAUUCGCCGCCUUGCCUCCAUUUCAUGCUAGCGGCGUCACAUUCAUGAUAUUGUUACCUCUCCUCGUCGGCGUGACGCCCAUCUAUCCACCCGCAUACACGACGCCAGAGGGAGCCGUAGAUGCCACUCUCUCAGGCCUAGACGUGCUAUAUGCGGCUCAACAGAGGCAUGUUGCAAACAGUGAUGCAGCGAAAGAAAAAGUCGAAAGGGUAGUAGACAUGGUAGUGAUGGUACCACCCUGCGUCGAAAAUGUAUUCAGAUACCCCGGAAAACUGCACAGGUUGAGCCAGCGUGCACAUGGUUUGUGCUACGGCGGCGGCAGCAUAGUCCGUGAAGCCGGGGACGCAAUCUCACACAAGAUGAAACUCCUCAACGCGAUUGCAUCUACGGAACUGGGUCUGUGGCCGCUUAUCCGCCCACGCAGCAUCGACUACAACACCAACGCCACAGACCAAGAACAGGAAAAGAAAGAAGACUUUUCAGAUGGAAAAUGGGAGUAUUACGCCUUCCACCCCGCAUUUAACAUCCACUUCGACCCCGUCUCCAUCUCGGAAUCCGGUCACACCGUCUUCGAAGCCAUAAUGAAGCGCAACAACGGGAAAGAUUGGGACGGCUACGUCCAACCCUGGUUUAAACUCUACCCAGACAGCAGCGAGAAGCGACUCGGCGAUCUCUUUAUCCAGCAUCCCUCCGACACCACAUUAUAUAAACACUACGGUCGCGCAGACGAUCUUCUAGUCUUCCUUACGAACGAAAAGUUCUAUCCUACCGUGGCAGAGCAGCGCAUUGCAGGGUUCCCGGAGGUGGCUGAGGCGCUGCUUGUAGGUACGCGCAGACCGAAAGCGGCGCUUGUGUUGAGAUUGGAAGAUGGUGGGGUAGUGGAUGAUGCGCUAUGGGGGAAGAUUGAAGAAGUCAAUGGGAGCUCGCCGGUCUACGCGAGGGUGCAGAGAAACAUGGUACUUCUGGUUCAAGAACCCUUUUUAAGAACCGCGAAGGGAAGCGUAAGGAAAGUGGAUAUGGCUAGGAUGUAUGAGAGGGAGUUGGAUUCUUUAUACAGAAGGGGAUGUUCGGAAGAGGCGGAAGAGAAAAGGUGAGACGGUGUGAAGCAUACAUCUAAUCCAGUGAAAAGAUGUUCAUGAAGAAAAAUUUGCUUCUCUUGGUUUGAACUUCCUCAUACUACCUAAGUAUAUAUACUACCCCUAUCUGCCUGUCAUGCUCAAAGGCUCUCCAAGACCAUGGGCAAGGUAAGGAUACCUAGGCAUAGGCAAGGCGGCACACCACCAUCCUUUCCACUUUCUACGCUACGUAUCACCAAUCUCC